AUGUCCGGCAUCAGCAAGGCAUGCUGCUCGAUUCCGCCCGUCGUGGCUAAGGGAUACCAGGCCAAGGGAAGCUAUCAGACAAUUAACGGCCUGAAGACCUACGUUACAGGCCCUGAGUCGGCAACUAAGGCCAUCUUGGUCAUCUACGAUAUCUUCGGCUUCUUCGACCAGACCAUCCAGGGUGCCGACAUCUUGGCCACCUCGAACGAGCAGAAGUACCGGGUAUUCAUGCCCGACUUCUUUGAGGGUAGCCCUGCCGACAUCUCGUGGUACCCACCUACCACCGACGAGCACAAGCAGAAGUUGGGCAACUUCUUCUCGACUCAGGCCGCCCCGCCCAAGACUCUCUCCAAGAUCCCCAAUGUCGUGGCCGAGGCCAACAAGCAGGCUCCCGGCGGUAGCUUCCAGUGGUCCAUCCUAGGCUUCUGUUGGGGUGGAAAGAUCGCCGCUCUGUCCGCCGGUGCUGAUAACAAGCUCUUCAAGGUUGCUGCGCAGGCCCACCCGGCCAUGGUCGACCCCAAUGACGCCAAAACCAUCAACGUGCCUUUCUUGAUGCUUGCCUCUGGGGACGAGCCUAAAAACGAUGUGGAAGCCUUUAAGGCCAACCUGCAGGUGCCCAACCACGUUGAAACCUUCCCGACCCAGAUCCACGGCUGGAUGGCGGCUCGGUCGAACCUGGAGGAUGCCGAUGUCAAAAAGGAAUACGAGCGUGGCUACAAGACUGUUCUUGAGUUCUUCCAUCAGCACGCGUAG